CUAAAUAUAUCUUGCAUAUAUCUUAGUAAUGACGCAAUGAUACCUCGCAAAAAUUCAAGGUUUCUGCAAAGUAAGCAAUUUCAUCAUCUGGUAUAAUUAGGGUAUCAAUCCAUGGUUUAUUAUGCAGAGCAUCAUGUAUCGUCUCCAUUCUGUUAUUAUUUUCGUAUAUCUUUUUAGUAUCAACCAACUGACAGAUAAUAAACGAGCUUCGAAAUCAAGGUCAGAUAUGUGUCAACAAGAUACUAUACUUUUCUAUGACUACUUUUGUGAGAUGAUUUUUACUGUAGUGCUGGCAUCGGAAUUCUAUAAAGAGCGAUUGCAGUAUUUGAUGUGGUUAGCUCAUGUUUGAUUUCACAUUUUUUAUGUUCGUCCGUUUGGCCAUCAACUAUCCCAUUGAUGAAUAACGUAAUGCAUUAUUAUGGAUAAAACGUUUACUAAAAAUUAUCGUUGAUCUACAACUCUUUCGGAA